UGAAACUGCAGGAGUGUGGCAAUUAAGAUUAUUUCAGCAUGUAGGCAUUUUUCGAAGAAGGCAACAUCACCGCAUGGAUAUCUUCUAACAUAAUUAUAACGUUAUCUUUGGAGACUUCGGAUGUAAACAAUUGUAGUGAAAUGGUAUAGACUUUGGGGUUGGUUACGUCAUUUUCGGGAAUUUACUGAAAAUGAUACACAAUGAAUGUCAUAAAAGCGCAAAAGUAUAUUUUCAAUGCUAUCAAGGCCAGUACACUAGUGCCCAGUUACAGAUCUAGACAUGUUGCGUAUAAUAUCACAGAUACCUUAAGCGUUAAUUGUAGAACGAUGCACUGUGCUUGCAAUAGAAGUUUCGGAAAACUAGAGCCAAAAGUGCAGAAAGAGAUAAGACGGGAAUACCGAGCGGUGCUGCAGAUGCUACACCGCUCGGGCUUAAGAAACGCCGGCCAGCUUGGGGUCCACUCGAGGGCCCUCCACUCGUCCCCGCCGAGCACCCAGCAGCGCCCCGGCAAGGACGACGACAAGAAGCCAGGGAAGGAGAACGAAGACGAUGACAAAAUUUCGUCGCUCUUGGCCAAAGCUUUCUUGUGGAUGCUGACGGCAUACAUGCUCAUUGCGAUAGUGUCGCUUCUUUUUCCCAGUAGCAAUCAACCCGAGGUGAUUCGCUAUGUUUCUUGGAAUGAGUUUGUGCACCACAUGUUGGCCAAGGGGGAAGUGGAAGAAGUUAUAGUUCGUCCAGACGUUGACAUUGUAACCAUAAUACUACACGAAGGUGCUGUUAUAAAAGGUAAAAAAAUCGACCACAGGACCUUCCACAUGAACAUCGUGGACAUCAACCGCUUCGAGGAGAAGCUGCGGCAGGCGGAGCGCAAGCUGGGCGUCUCGGCGGACAACGGCGUGCCCGUCAUCUACGAGCGCAGCUCGGACACGGCGGGCAAGCUGCUGGCGUCGCUGAUCGUCGUGGGGCUGCUGCUGUCGCUGCUGUCUCGCAGCAAGAGCAUCCGGCCCCCCAUCAGCAUGGACACCUUCACGCAAAUGGGGCGUGCCAAGUUCACGCUGGUGGACCCGCUGACGGGCCCCGGGAAGGGGGUGCGCUUCUCCGACGUGGCCGGCCUGAUGGAGGCCAAGCAGGAGGUGAUGGAGUUCGUGGACUACCUCAAGCGGCCGGAGCACUACAAGAAGCUGGGAGCCAAGGUCCCCAAAGGCGCGCUGCUCCUGGGCCCGCCCGGCUGCGGCAAGACCAUGCUGGCCAAGGCCGUGGCCACCGAGUCCAACGUGCCGUUCCUCUCCAUGAACGGCUCCGAGUUCAUCGAGAUGAUCGGCGGCCUGGGCGCUGCGCGGGUCAGGGACCUGUUCAGAGAGGCGAAGAAGCGAUCACCGUGCAUCAUCUACAUCGACGAGAUCGACGCCAUCGGGCGGAAGCGCGGCGGGGGGGCCGGCCAGGCAGACGGGUCGUCCGGCGAGACGGAGCAGACGCUCAACCAGUUGCUGGUCGAGCUGGAUGGGAUGGUGACCAAGGAAGGCGUCAUCAUGCUGGCGUCCACCAAUCGAGCAGACGUCCUCGACAAGGCAUUACUUAGACCAGGAAGGUUUGACAGGCACAUUUUAAUUGACUUUCCUACUUUUGAAGAAAGGAAAGAAAUUUUCGAACAGCACUUGAAAAGCAUUUCCUUAGAGAAAGAGCCACAGUUUUACUCCCGAAGAAUGGCAUACUUGACACCAGGUUUCAGUGGCGCGGACAUAGCGAACGUGUGCAACGAGGCGGCUCUGCACGCGGCCCGCCUGAAGCAGCGCGUGGUGACAGGCCGCGACCUCGAGUACGCGGUGGAGCGCGUGGUGGGCGGCACGGAGAAGCGCAGCCACGCCAUGUCGCCGCAGGAGAAGGAGGUGGUGGCGUACCACGAGUCGGGCCACGCCCUCGUCGGCUGGAUGCUAGAGCACACGGACGCCCUGCUCAAGGUCACCAUCGUGCCGCGCACCACCGCCGCGCUCGGCUUCGCCCAGUACAUGCCCUCUGACGCCAAACUGCACUCCAACGAGGAACUGUUGGAGAGGAUGUGCAUGGCGCUCGGGGGGAGGGUCGCGGAGUCGCUCACGUUCAACCGCAUCACGACCGGGGCCCAGAACGACCUCCAGAGGGUGACCAAGAUGGCGUACGCCAUGGUGAAGCAGUACGGCAUGACGCAGGCGGUGGGGCUGCUGUCCUUCUCGGAGGAGGACUCCCGGGAGGUGGGCCGGCGGCCGUUCAGCAAGCGGCUGGCGGCCCUCAUGGACGACGAGGCGCGCCGGCUUGUGGCGUCCGCCUACCGCCGCACGGAGCGGGUCCUCGCGCAGCACCGGGACAAGCUGCAGCUGCUGGCCGAAACAUUGCUGAAGAAAGAGACGCUCAACUAUGACGAUGUGGAGCAAUUGAUUGGCCCGCCGCCUUUUGGGAAGAAGAAAUUAAUCAAUGACGUAGAUUUUGAAGUUUUCAAAGAUGCACCAAACAAGACUCAGACACCUGAAGCAAAGGAAGAACAAGACAUGUUUACCAUUUCAUAAAAAUUAUUAUUCUUUAGUUACUGCUAUCCUAGUAUUGUCAUUCAAUGGUUGUAUGUCUAAAAGUAUAACAUCUAUGUUACAGCAAACAACUACAACCUUU